AUGAGACAAGGAUUCGCCAUCACCCUCGCCGUCGUCGGAGUUGCCGCUGCCGUUGCCGUUAUUGCCCUUAACGAAAGCUACAGCAGCACCAACCUCCACGCUAUGGAAAUCACCCAAGACAACAUUGACUUCGCUCAAUACUUGGCCAAGCACGGAAAGAGCUACGGAACCAAAGAGGAAUACUAAUUCAGAUUCGAACAAUACAAGAAGAAUGUUGCCUUGAUCAACAUCCACAACCAAGAGAACGGAAACACCUUCUUCCUUGCUCCAAACAAGUUCACUGACUACAAGCCAGAGGAGUACAGAAGACUUCUUGGUUACAAGAAAGUCGCCACCAACGACAUUCCAGAGUACUCAACCUUCAACGAGUCUGAUAUCCCAGCCUCCAUCGACUGGAGAACAAAGGGUGCAGUUAACGCUGUCAAGGAUCAAGGUCAAUGCGGAUCAUGCUGGGCUUUCUCAACUGUCGGUGCUCUUGAAGGCAGAUACAAAAUCAAGACCGGCAAACUCCUCUCCCUCUCUGAGCAAGAACUUGUUGACUGCUCAAAGAACGGCAACCAAGGUUGCAAUGGUGGAGAUAUGGGACUCGCCUUUGACUACUUGAAGUCUACCUAACUUGAACUUGAGACUGACUACCCAUACAAGGCUGUUGACCAAAAAUGUCAAUUCAACAAGGCCAAGGGUAAAGUUGGUGAUUAGGGUCACACCAACGUUCAACCAAACAGUGUAGCUGCCCUCAAGGCUGCCAUCGCUUAAGGUCCUGUUUCAGUUGCCAUUGAAGCUGACACCUCUGUCUUCCAAUCCUACGGAGGUGGAAUCCUCAACAGCAGAUCAUGCGGAACCAACCUUGAUCACGGUGUUGUCGCUGUCGGAUACGGAAGCCAAGGUAAACAAGAUUACUACAUCGUUAGAAACUCAUGGGGAGCCUCAUGGGGAGAAAACGGAUAUGUCAGAAUCGCUGCCACAAACGGUGCUGGUAUCUGUGGUAUCCAAAUGGAACCAGUUGUUCCAAAGCUCUGA